AUGUCACAUGCACGAGUCGAAGAGCUCUCCGAUUCAGAUCCUGAUAUUGACGACCCCUCCAACUUCCUCCCACAAUCCGACAACCAAAUUAUCCGCCCAGCAAACCAACCCUCUCCGUCCUCGGUGCCACAGUCCAUCCCCCCCUCACGUCCAGAGCCUCCUCUCUUCCCCCGUGGCCCUCCUCCCCAAUCCGCCCAAGUGACCCAGCAAACCCGUGAAGCUAUAAAGAAAUACCAGACCAUCUAUCCGAUCUACUUCGACAGCACGCGGACACGAGCCCAAGGCCGCCGCGUAAGCGCCGAGCUAGCGAUUCCCAAUCCAUUGGCCUUCGGCCUGCUUGAGGCCGCCCGACAUGUCCUCCAAGAAGUCCCUGUACCCAUGGCCUUCGAGCCAGACAAAACACACCCGAAAGACUGGGCGAACCCAGGCCGUCUGCGUGUCCAGCUGUUUCAUCCAGAAACACAUCAGCCAUUACACCCAAAGAUCAAGAACAAAGCACGCCUGUACACGUUGAUAGGGCAAUGGUUGAAGGACCACCCAACGGCGAAAGAUGAUCCGCUCAAGCUCAAGCUGCCGGGCCUCCCAAUUCCGGAGAAGUUCCUGGAGGCGGAGAUCCCCAUUCCGCGAGGGUGGAAGAUGGGGUCCAUUUUGCCUGUACAUUCUCCAGCGGUCAGUGGUGGCGGUGUAAGGGACGAUUUCUUCAAAGAGGCAAUGGAGGAGAUCAGACAGGCGCAGAGUCAGGGCCAGUUACCCCCUGGGAUGGGUAUGCCUGGUGGCGCUGGCGAUGGUGGGGGAAUGCCUGAUAUGAGCGCGCUGCAGGGAAUGAUGAAUAGUAUGGGUGGGAUGCCGGGCUUGGCAGGGAUGGGUAGUGAACCGAGCGGUGGAGGAGGGAAGAAAAAGAAAGAUAAAAAGAAAAGUUGA